AUGUCUACCACGCAACAAGCAAAUGACAUGCAGAAGAACGUCCGCGAGGGUUGGCAGGACCCUUCCAUCGCCGAAAGAUACGCUCGCGCUGAAGCAGCCACCCGUCCCUACGCCAACAUUAUCAUCGAUAAGGCCUCCCUCGCGUCCAACAUUACCGAUCACAAUUGCACCGUCAACGCUUUAGACUUCGGCUGCGGGACCGGCGUCGUCACAGCAGCUCUCUACGACAUCGUUCCCAAGGAGAAAUGGAGCAACGUGAAAGUGCUCGGCGGCGACAUCAGCCCUCACAUGCUAGAUUACCUUCGCGGACGAGGCGAAAAGAAUGGCUGGACAGGUCUCACCACCCAAAUCGUCGACGGCGCAGAUAUUCAGCUGAACAACAACCAAUUCACGCACAUCUUCGCUAACGCAAUCAUCUUCUUCCUUCCGCUCGGUGCACUCGAGAAACUCUUCGACCUCCUGCAACCCGGCGGCUUUAUCGGCCUUACCACUUGGGCCUCGUUCGGCUGGUACUCCUACGUCGAGCGCGCAGUCAACAAUAUGUCCAACCCCCCCUUCCUUCCUACUUUCUCUGAAAUCCGGGACAGCCUCCAGAAAGGCAAUGCCUGGCACGAACCCGCGUUUGUGAAGCAGCAGCUCGAAGAGACGGGGUUGCAGGAUGUGGAACUGGUGGUCGAGAAGCGCAAUGUGGAGUGUGGGACGCCGGCGCAGUUCUGCGAGAGCAUGAUGAUGCCGAUGACGAUAGUCUCGGGACACUGGAAGGAGAGCAACAGGCAGGAGACUCUGAAGGAAGUCAUGAGUGAGCUAAAGAAGGUUAUGAUUGAGGAGGCGGGCGGGGAGGAAGGGAUGUGCUACAUGCAGAUGGAGGGCAUUGUGGGUGUGGGAUGGAAGUCGAUGAAGAAGGCGAAAUGGUGA